CACCUCACACCUCAAGGUCCUCACUUCACUUGCUGCAUUUCUAAGACCUAUUUACACUCACAUUAUUCAGAAUGGGUAACGGAGCAAAAGCCGCCUUUAAGCGUGAGCGUAACGCUAAAGACACCAAGUCUGGCGGCAAGUCGCAGCUAAAAACCAAUGAAGCUGCAAAGGACAUCCAGUGCGUUGUAUGCCGGGCCACAUUUCUCAAGACCACCAGGGGUCCGGCGCUCACUGAGCAUGCGGCGAACAAGCACAACAAGACACUGCAAGAUUGUUUCCCAGGCUUUGUAGAUGCGCCCAAGAAAUGAUCUCUUCUGCCUACGUGCCUAACCUGCCCUGCCUGUUCCAGCAUCGGGUAAGCCCGCGUUGGAAAUCUCGAAAGGAGUGUUAAGGAGUUUGAAUUGAUUGGGAUCGGACUGGAUUUGCCUGAACUGAACUGAGCGUUUUGAGCGCGAGAUACCUACCUAUUCACCACCUGCCUACCUACCUUUGGCCUAGGUGUCUGCUUGUGUACGGAGCAACGGAAUCUAACCAUUUGCAUUGUU